GUUUAUUCUUCAUUGGUAACUCGUCAGCAUGAAGACUUUCACUCUGACCUCACCCAGGCUGAGGAUUCCGAAUCCUUGGAUCAGAGACAUCAUUUCAGAGAUAUUCGCCACCUACAUAUUUGUGCUGUUUGCUAUUGCCGUGGUGGCUCAAGAGGUGCUGACCGGUGUGAACGCCUCCACGGGAAUGGUCAUCAACCUUAGUGUAAGCAUCGCACUCACUAUGGCCAUCUACGUCGGUGGGAAUGCGUCAGGGGCUUUUGUAAACCCGGGCAUUGCGCUGUCUAUGUGUUUGACGGGUUAUCUUGAAUGGAAAAAAUACCCGGUCUACCUUAUGUGUUACUUUGUUGGGGCUUUCCUGGCGGCUUCAACGGUCUACGCUGUAUAUCAUGAUGACAUCGACUUUCUCGACGGAGGGGAUAGGCUGAUCAAUAGCACCGGAAUUAUUUUCUCAUCUUUCCCAUCAAAUCCAAACCUUACAACAGGAGCGGGGUUUCUGGAAGUGAUGAUAGCUCAUGGGCUGCUGGUUCUCUGUACCCUGGCCAUUCUCGACCAGAGGAAUAUGGCGCCCUCCCUUGGACUCUCCCCAAUCCCUAUCGGGUUGAGCGUUUUCUCCAUCUGCACUGGAUUCUCCAAAAACACAGCCUGCCCAAUCAACUCCACGAAAGACUUCGCACCACGGUUUAUGAUGUUAGCAGCUGGAUACGGAACGGAAGCUUUCUCGUACAAGAAUUACUGGUUCUGGGUGUCCCCAGUUGCCACAACUAUAGGGUCCCUCCUGGCCACAGUCCUAUAUCAGCUGAUAGUUGGGGUACAGUGGGAACCACUGAAAGAGGACGAACUAACCACAGAUGACGUCCUCGACGCUUUGGAAAUGGAAUCGUCAACAAACCAUGCCUUUAAUCAUGAUGAGGAGACAGGCAAAAAAUCAAUACAGGAAGGAAAGGCUAAUGGGGGCACAUACAGACAAAUGUCCGAAGAUGAGGCCAAAUAA